AUGCCAGUACAGACUCAAACACAACGGGGCCCGCGUGUCACCAGCACCGGAGUAUCCACUGGGAAGAAUGACCACAUGAGUGCCACCAAAGUGUUGACAGUGAAGGCCAUGGCGGCCUCGAUGGAGCACUUCCUUGAUGCUCAAGAAGCUGCCCUCGAGCGAAUGUUGGACUCGUGUAGGAGUGACGCGAGUCAGGCCCCGUCUCUGUGGCGUUUCAGCGAUGCGGCUGCAGCAGCCCAGCUUCAGCAGGACGUACUGCGUGCUGCAGGUUCAAAUUCUCACAAUGUCGAUCUCCCCACAGACGACACAGCGGCAGAUGAUAGGCGAGGCACGAGCCAGACUCACCGCGCAAGCGUCAUGGCAGAGUUGUUCAAGCAAGAAAAGGCCUCGCGGCACGCGCUCGCGGCAGGUCAGUGGGUGACCAGGGAAGCAGAGUCUCUGCGGCGCACCGCUGAGCUUGAGGAGGAUAAGCUCUGCCUUGCCCAGGCCCGGAACCGACUUCUGCGAGGACGUCUCGCCAAACUUACCCGCGAGCGCCGCAAAGGAACACGUCACGUGGCGCUGAGUCACGAUGGGAGUAGUGCUGAUGUCGUGGGGUGCAAGCGAGUACCAAUUUUCCCGAUUGAUUCAACACCUAAUGGUCAUCGAUACACGAACGACAUCGUCGAGGCCAGGCGCCAGCUCGACCUGUGCACAAAGGAGCUGGAGGAGAGCCAGCUGCGUCUACAUCAGUUGCAGGAGUAUCACUUGGGCCAGCUUAGUGGACACCUUCGACCUAUGGUGACGGCAAACGAUGCGCUGCGCACCACCGAGAACUUCCUCGACCCAGACACUAGCAUGGCGGUGCGCGCCACCGUGGUCAACGCCUUAUUGGAGGUGAACAGCGCCCUGAAGCCGCUGCCGGUGCAGGAGGACAGCCCACAGAGCCUGGACGCUGCUUUGCCGUGCCUGGACAACGUCACAACAUUAUGGGAUAGGUUGGCAGUACAAAACUUCGUUGUGGGGCGCAUCAACCGUCUCUUCACCUGCAUGUGCCCUACAGCACCACCGCUGACGCUGCUGAAGGACACGUGUAUGAUGUAA